GGCGUUCGGGGCCGAGGUCGACGCCAGCGGGUCACUCCCAGACCAACAGCUAAGUAUGACCUCGCCAAUCGGGCAGAAGCCGAGUGAUGUGGAAGCAGUACCGAUGACGUACAAGGAUGUGAUGUGUUCCAAGUACAAGGUUUUCUGGGAGGCGGCCAUGGAGAACGAAAUAGAUGACCACGACAAGCCUGGAACCUUUUCCAAGGUCAAGGAGCUGCCCGAGGGGCGGAAGGCCAUAGGUUCAAAGUGGGUGUUCUCUUGGAAGACGAAUGAGAAGGGCCUGAUAGUCGACUUCAAGGCCCGUAUGGUUGCGCGGGGUUUCUCUCGAAUCCCCGGCAUCGACUUCCACCACUCAUCCUCAGCGUGCCCGUCUGCAGCGUCUAUCAAGACGGUGAUUGCCGUAGCCACUGAAAAGGGCAAGAAACUCGCUCACUGGGAUGUGAAGCAAGCGUACAUCCACGCUAAGCUAGAAGAAGAAAUAUACCUCAGGUUCCCGGAAGGCUGUCGUGGCAUGUCCGGCAAGGUGGUCAAGGUUGAGCGUGCCCUGUAUGGCCCAAAGCAGAGUGGCCGUGAGUGGGGGUUUGAAGCUGCUGAUGCCCUCAUCGAGAAUGGAUACGAGCAGUGCAGGGUUGACCCGUGUGUCUUCCGGAAGGUGGUGGAUGGAGAGGUCGUAGGUCUCAUCGUGAUCUACGUUGAUGACAUCUUAGUGGCGGCAGACGAGGGAGAGCGAGAGGAGUUGUUCGCUUCCCUCAACAAGAAGGUUCCGGUGAAAGAUCUGGGGGAGUGUACCUGGUACGACGGGUGUGCUACCGCCAUGGAUGUAGAAAAUGGCAUCGCCAAGCUGUCCCACACAGCAUACAUUGAGAGUAUGCUGAAGCGGUUUGAUGUGACCACGACCGCUUUCACCCCUGCUGCCACCGAUGCCGACCUAGGGCCGAAGAGAGAUGACGAGCCCGCGGCGGAUAAGCCUGUGAGGGAGGCGAUCGGAUGCCUGAUGUGGACGAAGCUGACGAGGCCAGACAUCGCCCUGCCUCUGAACAAGCUCCAGAAGAUCGCCCACUCACCCACCGGGAGGAUAUGGAACGCGCUUGUGCGGAUCAUGUCCUACCUGAGCUUCACGAAGGACUUCGGCAUCACCUACGUACGGGGGUCAGGACUAGACCUAAGCGUGUUUGUUGAUGCCAGCUACGCUGACAACGAAGUAGACGGGCGUUCUACGACCGGGCUAGCUGCGUUGUUUGUGCAUGGCGUUCUGUCGUUCAUAGCGCCCGAGACGAGUGGGGCGAAGAUCAAGGUCCUUGAGGACAAGGGGGCUCUAGCCAUAAUCGAGAACCCGUUCAGCUCAGCGAGCAACAAGCACAUCGACGUGCGGUUCCAUUUCAUUCGCGAGCUAUUCAAGUCGGGCAAGAUCACUGCAGAGUGUGUUCCGACUGGAGAGCAGCACGCCGACAUGCUGACCAAGGUCCUUGGCAGAGAGAAGUUAGAGUACUACCGGAAGGCUCUGAUGAACCUACCGAUGUAG